AUGCGUUCACACAUAUCCCCAAGUAUGCGUGUCUCAGAGCCAUCUGACGUUGUCAUCCGCUCUGACGAUACCUGCCAUAUCCGCCUUACUUGGUCAGGCAGCCAGUGCGAUAAAUAUCCAGCAAAGCAACAUGCGCGUAAGGUGGCCAUGAAAUUGGGGGUGUCCUCAGGCCUUAUCUACCUUGUCGGCCAGCCUACGGUCAAUUGGGGCGACUCAGAUCAACCACAGCCAUUCCGACAGAGACGGUAUUUCUACUACCUCAGCGGAAUAGAUGAGCCGGAUUGUUAUCUGACCUACGAUAUUCAAGCGGAUUUGUUAACGUUAUACGUCCCGGAUUUCGACUUACGCCGUGCGGUAUGGAUGGGACCUACGCUGACUAUCGAUGAGGCUCAUAAACAAACCGACGUGGACCGUGUCAAAUUUUUCGCUGCCUUACAACAUGAUCUUGAGUGGUGGACAAACGAGAACAAGGGGUCCCAUCCGAUAUAUGUCCUGCAUGAUAACCAAAAGCCAGUGAUACCAUCAAAGCACCCCUUGCUAGAUAAUGAACAGCUACUUCCGGCGAUGAAUGCAGCUCGGGUUAUCAAGGAUGAAUAUGAGCUGCGUAUGAUACGCCAGGCAAAUUAUAUAUCUGGCCUAGCACAUCGCAAAAUACUUGAAGAUAUUCACCGCAUGUCCACAGAGGCGGAAAUUGAGAGUUCGUUCUUAGCCACCUGCAUCUCCCACGGUGCCAAGAACCAGUCAUAUGCGAUCAUUGCUGGCUCAGGAGAGAACGCAGCUGUCCUUCAUUACGUUAAAAAUAACGAGCCUCUGGAUGGAAGACAGCUGGUCUGUCUAGAUGCUGGGGCAGAGUGGAAAUGCUACGCAUGUGACGUGACCCGUACGAUUCCCUUGUGGACAGACUGGCCUAGCGAACGUGCAAGGAACAUUUACCGUAUAGUUGAGGAGAUGCAGGAACAGUGUAUUAGACGCAUCCGAAAAGGCGUGCGAUUUCGGGAUCUGCAGUUGCUUGCACAUGACAUUGCAAUCAAAGGGUUGCAGAAGCUCAACAUAAUAACGGACGACUGCAAAAGUGCCAUAUAUGAAUCCGGGGCAUCUGCUGUUUUCUUUCCUCAUGGUCUGGGUCAUCAUGUCGGCCUCGAGGUCCACGAUGUCUCCGAAAAGCCCAUCACAGCUUUGGAUGGAAAGCAAGCUAACUGGGGUAACCAUAACUUCGUACCGCUUCUUACCGACAGCAAUUGGUCCGUACCAUUAUUGGACGAGGGCAUGGUAGUGACCAUUGAACCGGGCAUCUACUUCAAUAGGCUCGCCCUGUUGAAUGCGCAGAACCAGCCAUUGGCGAAAUACAUUAAUUUCGAUGAGGCUGAGAAGUACAUUCCUAUUGGCGGCGUCCGCAUUGAGGACGACAUUUUGGUUACCGCUGACGGGUAUGAGAACCUGACGACGGCACCAAAGGGUGAGGAAAUGUUGGAGAUCAUCCGCCGCGGGAUCGACAAUUCUUAA